AUGGAAGUAACACCUACAAGAUGUCAAGUCUUCGGGUGUACACGUGCCCCAUUGGCAGUUUGUCUUCAUUGCAACAAUUAUUUAUGCAAACCACAUUUCAAUGAACACGAAACAACAGCAAUACCAUCGACAACGUCAUCAUUAAACACAGUUAUUGAAUUAGGUACAUUACUGGAAUGUGUUAAUAAAUUACAUGGUAAAGUUGAAAAUAAUUUAACAUGUAAUGGUUUAAUAGAUGAAAAAUUAGAUGAACUUAAUCAAUGGCGAACUAAAUCAAAUAAAGUAUUUGAAAAAUUUUGUGAUGAAAAACGACACGAAAUUACAAGUUUGUUUCAAAAUGAAUUCAGUGAAGGCAAACGGAAGGGCUGGAUAAAAAGUAUUGAUAGUUUGAAACAACAAGUUAGUGAAUUAAUACAAAAUAAUACAACAGCAAAUAAAGAAGAUGUAGAACGCGUUAAAAUGAAAAUUGAGCAUUUUAUUCAAAAUGAAAUGAAUUUCAUUCAUAUAAAGCAAAAAUAUUUAGAUUUAUCAGAUUAUUUUACAAUUGUUACAACAAUAAAUAUAAUGAAGUUAAUCAACGCAUUUAAAACUGCAACUGAAUGGAAUUUGUGGACAUGUAAGUUAACAGAUGAUGAUGUAAAAGUAGUUGCGCAAGAGUUAAAAAUUAAUGAAAAUUGUCAAGCAUUACAUUUAAGUCAUAAUAAAAUCAGUGAUAUUGGUGUACAAUAUUUAAGUGAAAUGUUAAAAUUAAAUAAAAAAUUGAUAAAACUAUGGAUCGGAACAAAUCAAGUUAGCGAUCAAGGACUUACAAUUCUAUGUGAUGCACUGAAAUAUAAUGAUAAAUUGACAACAUUAUACGUACAUGAAAACAAAAUUACAGAUGAUAGUGUCAGUAUAAUAUUAGAUAUGUUACAAGUGAAUCAUUCAUUAAACUGGUUAGAUGUUACUGAUAAUCUAAUAUCAAAAAAUGGUAAACAACGUUUAAGUGAUGGAAUAGCUAAAAUACGAAAAAUUCAUAUAGAUGUAUAA